AUGGGAAACAACGGCUCCACUUUGGAGGAUCUAACCACUUGCGAGAGCCACCAGUGGUACAGGAAAUUCAUGACCGAGUGCCCAUCUGGACUUCUUUCUUUUUAUGAGUUCAAGAAGUUUUUUGGGCUGAGGAACCUGUCGGAGACGUCAAACGCCUACGUGGAGUCUAUGUUUACGACCUUCGAUCUGAAUGACGACGGUUUCAUUGACUUCAUGGAAUACGUCGCUGCUCUCAGCCUAGUUCUGAAGGGAGGGGUGCAUCAGAAACUUCGCUGGUACUUCAAACUGUACGAUCUAGAUGGCAGCGGCUGCAUUGACCGCGACGAGCUACUUCUCAUCAUUAAGUCUAUUCAUGCAAUCAAUGGGGUCCCCGACGACACUAAAGCGCAGGAGUUUGCAGACAUAGUGUUUGACAAGAUUGACAUCAAUGGCGAUGGUGAACUGUCCUAUGAAGAGUUCAUGGGCGGGGUUCAAGAGGACGAGGCGCUACUGAAGACUCUCACACAGAGCUUGGACCUGUCACACAUUGUUCAGAAAAUCCAAGGGGAGCUGAACAGCUGUGGAAAGUAACGGGAAUCACAAAAGAUGGCAGCAGGACCAAUCUCUUGGCGGACUUCACAUCAACCCUGACUGAGCGUUUUCAUCAGUUUUGCUGAUGACACAGACUCACACCCUGCUGUGCUGCCCUGUCACAUGACAAGAAAUGCUCUAUGGAAGCUUCACUUGUUGCCACUGAAAGACUGAACAGCUGGACAUGUGCAUUCAGAAGUUUAGAGAAGGUCAAAUGAAGUUCACCUGUAAAAGGUUACAGUUCA